AUGGGCCUCACCGCGUGGACGUACGAGCUCUUCCAGUCGUGGAACAUCCUCCCGAAGGACGACCGCGUCGCGCGCCCGAAGACGUGCGAGUUCUGCGCGAAGAUCGCGUCGAGCGCGCGCGACGAGACGUUCGUGCACGCGGACGACGCGCUCGUCGUGUUCGAGGACUGGAAGCCCGCGGCGGCGAGGCACUACCUCGUGUGCCCGCGCGAACACAUCACGUCCGCGAACGCGCUGAGCGGCGCGGGGAGGAGAGAAGGAGACGACGACGGCGGGGAUGGGGACCGGGCGAGAGGAGGAGGAGGCGACGCCGCGAUGGCGCGGCGGAUGCUCGAGCUGGGGAAGGAGGCGAUAGCGCGCGACUACGCGGACGCGACGACGACGCCAGACACGAAGUUUGGCUUUCAUCUGCCGCCGUUCAACAGCGUCGAUCACCUGCACAUGCACGCGUUCGCGCUGCCGUUCGACCCGCCGUGGAAGGAGCACAAGUACGGCGGCGUCUUGGGCUCCGUCGCGUUCGCGGAGGCGACGGACGUCAUCGAGAGGCUCGAGCGCGAGGAAGCGGAAGCGGCGGCGGCGGAGGCGGAGGCGGGGCGGCGAUCAAAUCUCUGA